UUUGAUUAUUUCUUACGUAUACAGUUUGUUUCACAGGAGAAAAUCUAGAGAGAGAAAGCUAGAGAGAGAGAGAGAUGGGGAGGGGGAGGAUAGAGAUAAAGAAAAUAGAAAACAAUACAAACAGGCAGGUGACAUACUCAAAGAGAAGAAAUGGGAUAUUCAAGAAGGCUCAUGAGCUCACUGUUCUUUGUGAUGCCAAGGUUUCUCUUAUUAUGUUCUCCAACACAGGAAAGUUCCAUGAGUACAUCAGCCCUUCUACAACGACUAAGAAGAUUUAUGAUAUGUAUCAGACUACUCUAGGGUUUGAUCUCUGGAGCUCCCAUUAUGAGAGGAUGCAAGAAACAUUGAAGAAGCUUAAAGAUAGCAACAAUAAACUUAGGAGAGAGAUCAGGCAAAGAGUGCUUGGUGAAGAUUUAGAUGGUUUGGACAUGAAUGAUCUAACCAUACUCGAGCAACACAUGCAAGAUUCACUCACGGUUGUGCGAGAACGCAAGUAUCACGUGAUCAAAACUCAAACCGACACCUGCAGGAAGAGGGUGAAGAAUUUGGAGCAAAGAAAUUGUAAUCUUCGACUAGACUAUGACACAAUACACCAGUUGGAGAAGAAAUAUGGCAUGGUAGAGAAUGAAGUAGGCUACGAGUCCACGAUUGCAUAUUCAAAUCUCUACGGCUUUUGUGAGAACCCGAACAACAACAUUAUCCAUGGUUCAGGUUACGAGCCUCAUGGUCUUCGCCUCGAUUGAGUUUUUAAUUGGCGCGAUGUAAUAUACACUGGCUAUUGGUGGUUAAAGUGGUCAUUAGAAGUAUGUUAACUAAGUAGCUAGCUAGUUAGCUGAUCAGUGCUGACCAUAAUGUGACAAAGUUUAUCUAUAACUCUUUAUUUAUGGAUAUUGAGAAAACUUUUUUCUAUA